AUGGUUGAUGAAAUGGAAAUUGAACGUAUGCUUGAAGAAAAAUUACAAGGAGAUGUACAAAAACAACCACAAGAACAAAUAGUAGAUAAAACUGAAGAUAAAAAACAUAAAGAAAAAAAACAUCACAAACAUCAUAAACAUCAUAAACAUCAGAAAUCACAUAAAAGUGAGAAAAAACAUGAGCGUAAAGCAAGUCGUUCACCGAAUAAUCGUCAUCAACAACCGCCAGCGCCAUCAAAAGUAUUAUCUUCGGGAAAACGACGAGAUGUAAAAUCAGAUUUACAUAUAUUAGGAGAAACAUUAAAUCGUCAAUCACGAGCAAAAGAAGCUGCAUCAAUGUUAAAAUCAAAUCGACGAGAAAAAACACCAGAAUUAACACCAGAAGAACGAGAUCUUCGAACUGUAUUUUGUAUGCAAUUAGCUGCUACGAUUCGUCCACGCGAUCUCGAAGAUUUCUUUGCUCGUAUUGGUAAAGUUCGUGAUGUUCGUUUAAUAACAGAUCCACGAACACGUCGAUCAAAAGGUGUUGCUUAUGUUGAAUUUCGUGAUUUAACAUGUGUUCAAGCAGCACUUACUUUAAAUGGUGAAAAAGUUCUUGGUAUACCAAUUGUAAUUAAACCAUCGAAUGCUGAAAAAAAUCGUUUGGCAGCUCAAUCAACUAAUACAGCUGCUGGUCAAACUUCAUAUAUGAUGAAUGGUGCAGUUGCACCAAAUGAUUCAGUUAUACCAACACAUGGACCUAUGAAAUUGUAUGUUGGAUCACUUCAUUUUAAUAUAACUGAAAGUAUGUUACGUGGAAUAUUUGAUCCGUUUGGACGUAUUGAAAAUAUAACACUUAUGAAAGAUCCUGAUACAGAGCGAUCAAGAGGAUAUGGUUUUAUCCAAUUUGCUCAUGCUGAAGAUGCUAAACGAGCAAUGGAAAAUUUAAAUGGUUUUGAAUUAGCUGGACGAUCAAUGAAAGUUGGUCAUGUUACUGAACGACUUGGUGAAAUGUCAACUACUGGUAACACGAAUAUUCCACAUUAUACUGUUGGAAUUGCAUCUGCAUUUGCAUCAGGAUCAAAUCUUGAUUCAGAUGAUCUUGAUCAUCGUGGUAUUAGUUUAGGUCCUACUGGACGUUUAGCAUUAAUGGCUAAAUUAAGUGAAGGUAGUGGUUUACAAAUGCCAAAAAAUGCGAUGGAUGCAUUACAAGCUGCACAUGUUCAAGCAGCUAGUUCUCAACAUGUUCGCAUACCUGAACCACCUAAUUCACAACAAUUAGCAACAUGUACAGCUGUUAGUACACAAUGUUUUAUGCUUUCAAAUAUGUUUAAUCCAACUGUUGAAGCUGGAAAUCCUCAUUGGGUACAAGAAAUACGUGAUGAAGUUAUUGAAGAAUGUAAUAAAUAUGGUGGUGUUGUACAUAUUUAUGUUGAUGAAAAAAGUCCUGAUGGAAAUGUUUAUGUUAAAUGUUCAACUAUUGCUAGUGCUAUCAAUACUGUCAAUGCACUUCAUGGUCGUUUUUUUUCUGGUUUGACUGUAAUUGGUAAUUAUAUUCCAACUCAAUCUUAUCAUAAACUUUUCCCGCAAUCAAGUUCAGCGACAACUCUCUUAACUCCUUCAUCGUAA